AUGUCGUCCGAAAGCCCCGAAUACUCUCCGUUCUUCGCAGUGAUGGGUGCCUCUGCGGCUAUGGUUUUCAGCGCCUUAGGAGCAGCCUAUGGGACGGCUAAGAGUGGCACAGGGAUCGCUGCCAUGUCCGUGAUGAGGCCGGAGCUCAUCAUGAAGUCGAUCAUCCCCGUGGUCAUGGCGGGUAUCAUAGCCAUCUACGGCCUGGUAGUAGCGGUGCUCAUUGCCAACAACAUCUCCGAGAAGGUCACCCUCUACAAGAGUUUCCUCCACCUGGGUGCAGGCCUGAGUGUGGGUUUGAGCGGGCUGGCAGCUGGCUUUGCCAUCGGCAUCGUAGGUGACGCGGGCGUUAGGGGCACAGCCCAGCAGCCCCGGCUUUUUGUGGGCAUGAUCCUCAUCUUGAUCUUCGCCGAGGUCCUCGGACUCUACGGUCUCAUUGUGGCCCUCAUCCUGUCCACGAAAUAAACCACCAACUUCUCCACCAAAAUCUGUCCUAUAUGUUGCUGCUGGAGAAAAGAGUAAAACCAGAAAUAAAAUGUAAAAAAAAAAAAAAAAAAAAAAAAAAUGUAUGAGAAAGUUUAAAAAAAGAGACGAACGUGGAAAAUAAUUACAUCAUUAAAAAUGACUCCGUAAAUAUGGUCUUAUCUCUACAAUGUGUACAGUCCAGAUUUGAUAGUCAAACUUCUUGUAAAUGCGCAAUGUAGUGACUUGUCGGUCCUGUGUGUGUAAAUGUAUGGAGAUUCUCCCCCCCCCCCACUGGUUUAACGACGUUCAGGUACGCCAGGUUUCUUGCUGGUUUCUGCCUCGUCUUAGAGCGCUCACCAAAGGGCCCCACUGCGUUUUUAUUCCCUUGCAUUCAUUUGGGAGUUCACAUGAUUUCUGUGUUGUCUAUGGGGGAUCUAUUUGUAAAGAGAAUUGUAUGGACUUAGCUUUGUUUUUUGUUUUUCCACUGGCUUUAUUUAUAAAGAAUUGUUCAAUGAAUCUGUUUUUAAAUGGAGCAAAAAUGUUAAAUUCCCUAGAAGAUAUAUACAUGCAUACAAAUAUCUAUAGAUUUAAUGCACUGUGGGUUAAUUGUGAUAAGUGGUUGGAAUUCCUCUGGAUGUAUUAACGUACUUGGUUUAAAGUUAAGAUUGCCUUUAGUGUGUGGCUGGUGGAGUGGGAGUUGUGUGUAAUUGUGUAGUUUAAUCAUUACAAACAUUCUUGAAACACUUCAAUGUUUUCCUGUAGUACCGCUGUUUUGAUUGCAUUAAAGGUGUGUGUGUGCCCCGUG